AUGAGACCAGUACUCUACCCAGCAGCCGAAGAGUUAAUACGAAACAAAAAACAAUUGAAACUCGAAGAAGGAGUGCAAGAACAAAGAAAUACGGGUGAUCCAGCACGAAGAAGAGACACAUUCAAAGAAAAGAGAGCUAAAGCGGACGCAAGAAAACGAAGAAAGGAAUCAGAGGCGGGGUCUUCAUCAAGAGCUAAUACCUCAGGGCAUACACGUGCUACCUCGCGAGAUUGUCCCAAUCACGAAUUCAGCAUAAAAGAGCUUUUAGAGAGAGCAUUUCCUAACUACCAUCAAAGGUACACAACGUCUUUAACUCUCAAGUUGUUCCUGAGGCAUAAACAAGAAGACCCCAAUAGACUAGAGCGUUACCAGAACAUAAUCGUUAGACAGUCUACUUUCCUUCGUGCUGUCAUCUAUCAGGCGCAAAUAUUUGUUAAUUACUAUUUAUUAGUACACUCAAACAGUGUGGAACAUAUCUCCAAAUAUAUCUUUAAUCAACUCUUUUGCAACAUCAAUAUUCAUCAACUCCAAGACUAUUAUCCAUCACUUCUCUACCUCGAGGCAAUUUCCAACCGUUUACAAGAUCUGGAAAAUGUUAAUAUGCUUGUACAAAAAGGUGAAUUGGUGGGCUAUGACCAAAUAGUAUCGUCUGCAUGUGAAAGUUUAGUAACUGCCUACAGUAAUUUCUAUGUUAAAAAUUAUAAAACUUAUGUUGGAAAAUCAGAUAUCCUGAUAUGA